AUGUUGUUUCCAUUGGGUUGCCUUUUCGUGGUGUUAGCUAUAGCCAUACCCAGACCUCGUCUGGUGGCAUCGGAGGGAAUCGAUUCCUACGAGAACUACUACAACGAGAUCCAUGUGGAUGACGAGCAGGCGGAGGCGAAGACCCGCAAUGCCUUGAAGUCAGAGUUGCAGCGAUGGCCUGGCAACAGGAUAUACUACCGCAUAUCCGGGGACUACAGCGAUCAGGAGGUGGCCAAUGUCCGCACGGCCAUGACCAGCUUCAACGAGCAGACGUGCGUGAAGUUCGAGGAGGUGAAUGGAUCUCCGCCCGGCGGCCGACGCUAUGUGUACUUCAAAAAGUCACCCAACAUGUGCGGCACUCGGGUGGGCUACAAUCCGAUAUCCUUUGGCUCCCACGAUGUCCUGCUGAACGAGCGCUGCCUCACCAUGCCCGCUGUGAUCCAGCACGAGACGCUCCACCUGCUCGGUCUCUUCCACGAGCAGAGUCGACCGGAUCGCCACGAGUAUGUCCAGAUUGAGUACGACAACAUACCGCGCAAGUACUGGUCACAGUUCAUGGCCAUGAAUUCGACCACCACCUACAACGUGCCCUACGAUUACGACAGCGUUAUGCAUUAUGCAAAGAACGCCUUCGCCAAGGACCCCAGCAAGCCCACAAUUCGCGCCUUGGUGGAUGGCAAGCCGGUGGAGCGAGACUUGGGGCAGGUUCGGGGCCCAUCCGAGGGCGAUUGGACCAAGAUUCGUUUAAUGUACAAGUGUUAG